AUGAUUAAGCACAAGUGCACAGUGAACCUGCAAGACCCGAUACUAAGCGGACUGAAGUGGCACCAGAGGCUCAGACUGAUAUCCGCCAGCAACCCGCUCCGAUUGAGCUACUUCAGAAGCGACGUCUCCGUCAGGGAGGAGAGCUACCGACACCUGAGGACCAACAAGUACGCCAUCCAUCCGUUCAGCAAGUUCAGGGGUUGGUACGAGGUGUACCUGGUUUUCCUGUACUUCUUCGUGAUCUUCACCAAGCCGUUCGACGCCGCCUUCUUCAGCGACCAACUAACCGAAACCGUACCUAUGUUCAAGUACUACACCUUUAUCACGGACGUGUUGUGCUGGGUCGACAUCUUCAUCAAUUUCGUCACCGGUUUCGAGCUUCCCAAGAACAGGUUAGUCGAACUACGGCCGUGGUACAUUGCCAAGCAUUAUUUGUUCGGUCCCCACUUCUUCUUCGACGUGAUUUCUUCCAUCCCAAAAGCGUCGAUGUAUUAUUUACCUGCAUCGGAGAAGCGACUGAAGAUCAUCGGGGUGGUGGCAACAAUGAGCUUUUUCAAGUUGGUGAGACUCCCUAGUUUUGUCAUGUACGUUCAUCGAUCGGCUGAAUUUUUACGCGUGAAGUCCAGAGGAAAACUGUUCUUGUUCAGUUCUUCUGUGGCUUCCCUCAUGAUAAUUAAUUUAAUGGGUUGCCUGCAGUUUUUCCUACCGAGUCUUGUCAGGAUGACCUUCAAUGUGCCAGGCCGAGAAACGAUUUGGUACGUAAAAGCUAAGCUAGACACCAAAUCUCCCAUACGUCAAUACGUGCAUUGCAUAUUCAAGAGCUCGGCGUAUAUACUUGGUAUCCGCCUGAACAUAUACAGUGUAACCUUGACCGAAGAGUAUCUACUAUCCUUAUUCACUUACCUCUUGGGUAAGAUUCUUAUCGCCUUCAUCUGGAUCAUCCUGGCGGUGGCGAUCCUCAACUCCAGGCUCAUGGAGAUAAAGUACGAGGAGAUGCUGAACCAGCUCGAGGAGUACAUGAGGCAGAAGCAGCUUCCGCUCAAUCUCCGCAACAAGCUGCUGCAAUACUUUAGCUUCAAGUACAGGAACAGGUUCUUCAAGGAGACUCUAAUCAACAGUUUGCUGUCCGAGAACCUGAGGAACGAGGCGAACCUCCACGUCUGCAAGUCCCUGAUCAAAAACGUCUCCCUGUUCGCCGACCUGAAUCCCAUGCAGUUGAGGAAGGUAGUGGACUGUCUCGUCCUGGAGAUAUUCAUGCCCAACGACACCAUCAUUCACGCGGGUACCUUUGGGGACGCCGUGUAUUUCCUCUUCAGCGGAACGGUUGCAGUGUAUUCGCACGCGGGGAAAGAAAUCUGCCACCUCCAAGACGGAGCCUACUUCGGGGAGAUUUCGCUGUUGCUGAAAGGCCAUUUGAGGUCGACCACAAUUGUGGCCCUUGAGACGAGUCAGGUCUACAGGUUAAACAAGAAGGAUUUCGAAAGGUACCUGAUGAACAAUAAAGAGGUCAAGACGACCAUGCUGAGAUACGCCGAGAGUAGACUGAAGGAGACCACGAGGAUGGACGAGGAGUAUAAGGAAAAACUGUUCGAGGAGUCUUACCGAGCGAUUUCGCCCGGUACUUAG